AUGGCGCCCGGAGGAGCUCCAGCACGAAGCUUCGUGGUCGUCGUCCUCGCCGUCAUCGCGCUCUCCGCAAUCGUCGCCGUGGCCGGCACGAAGAAGGCGCUGUCCACCGUGGACGUGGAGGAGGAGCUCGACGCGGCGCGCGCCGCGAUACGACGGGCGGCGCGGCAGCAUCGCCGCGGCGGAGGCGGAGACGUCGGCUCCGCCAACUGGCUGAGGUUCUACGGCGGCGAGGCGGACUACGACCUCCUCUCGCGCGUCUACCGCAACCCGGCGGCGUUCUACCGGAGCUACGUGGAGAUGGAGAGGCGGUUCAAGGUGUACGUGUACGAGGAAGGCGAGCCGCCCAUCCUGCACGAGGGCCCGUGCAAGAACAUCUACACCAUCGAGGGCAGCUUCAUCGAGCAGCUCGAGCUCAUGUCGCCGUCGGACGCCGGCGGCGGCGUCCGGACGUGGGACCCAACGCGCGCCCACGCCUUCUUCCUGCCGUUCAGCGUCUCCCAGAUGGUCAAGUUCGUCUACCGCCCGCCCUCCCAGGACCGCGCCCCGCUCCGCGCCAUCGUCGCCGACUACGUCCGCGUCGUCGCCGCCCGCCACCCCUUCUGGAAUCGCUCCGCCGGCGCCGACCACUUCAUGCUCUCCUGCCAUGAUUGGGGGCCAUACGCGUCGAGGGGGCAGCCGGAGCUGUACACGAACGCCAUCCGCGCGCUCUGCAACGCCAACACGUCGGAGGGGUUCCGGCCGGGGAAGGACGUGAGCGUCCCGGAGAUCAACCUCUACGACGGCGACAUGCCGCGGGAGCUCCUGGCGCCGGCGCCGGGGCUGGAGUCCCGCCCGCUCCUCGCCUUCUUCGCCGGCGGCCGGCACGGGCACGUCCGCGACCUCCUGCUCCGCCACUGGAAGGGACGGGACGCGGCCACGUUCCCGGUGUACGAGUACGACCUCCCCGCCGCCGGCGACUACUACUCGUUCAUGCGGCGCGCGCGCUUCUGCCUGUGCCCGAGCGGGCACGAGGUGGCGAGCCCGCGGGUGGUGGAGGCGAUCCAGGCCGAGUGCGUGCCCGUGGUCAUCGCCGACGGGUACGCGCUGCCGUUCGCCGACGUGCUGCGGUGGGAGGCGUUCUCGGUGGCGGUGGCGGUGGGCGACAUCCCCAGGCUGAGGGAGAGGCUGGAGAGGAUACCGGCGGCGGAGGUGGAGCGGCUCCGGCGAGGGGUGAGGCUGGUGAAGCGACACCUGAUGCUGCAGCAGCCGCCGCGGAGGCUGGACAUGUUCAACAUGAUCCUGCACUCUGUCUGGCUCAGGGGGCUCAACUUGAGACUCCACCGUUGACCUGCAAUGCAAGCAUCCCACUCCCACACAACACAGCUGGCCAACAAAGAAAGUCGAUUUUUAUCCCUCCAUGGAACAUCCCCUCAUUUUGUACAUGACAUUUAAAAAGUUAUCAAUUUAUUUUUAAAAAAAUUUGGUCAAGAUA